AUGUCUAGUGUGAAAGAAUUGACCACAAUUUUUGUUAAACUGAAAAAGUUUGACGGUGUGGAAUUUCGGAGAUGGAAAAAGAAGAUGUAUUUUCUUCUUACAUCUCUGAAUGUUGCCUAUGUGAUAAGUACUCCAAGGCCGGAUGAACAUGAGAAUGAAACCUUGGAAUCCGUUCGGGAGAGGUCGAAAUGGGACAACGAUGAUUUUAUUUGUCGUGGUCAUAUCUUGAAUGGUAUGGAGGAUGAUUUAUUUGAUGUCUAUCAAAAUAUUGAUUCGGCUAAGGAGCUUUGGGGGUCCUUAGAAAGCAAGUAUAUGGCGGAAGACGCUUCAAGUAAGAAAUUUUUAGUUAGCAAUUUCAAUAACUUUAAAUUUGUUGAUGGUCGGUCUAUAAUGGACCAAUUUCAUGAAUUGCAACGUAUUUAUGGUAGUUUGGAACAACAUGGAAUAGCCAUGAAUGAAUUGUUUGUUGUCUCAAGCAUUAUUGAUAAAUUACCCCCUAGUUGGAAGAAUUUUAAGCAUGAUUUAAAGCAUAAAAUGGAGGACAUGACAUUGUCCGGUUUGGCCACCCAUCUUCAAAUUGAAGAAGGGAUUCGUGCCAUGGAAGGAGCUAAGGAUGGAAAUCCUAGCACAUCUACCGUGAACAUGGUAGAUGAUGGGAGAGCUAGUGCAUCUACUAGUGGAAAGAGGAAGAAUAAUAAUUCUUCCAAAUGA